CUCUCUCUACCUCGCUCUUCCUUUCCCUUUCUCUUUAAAUGUAAAUUACAUCGGGUUGUUUCUCAGUAUAAGUAAAGCAAGUCUCCGUGACGUGAGAUAUUCUAAAAACCGUCAAUGAAGAUGUUGAUGUGUGACCGGGGCGUCCAGAUGCUGGUGACCACCGUAGGGGCUUUCGCCGCCUUCAGCCUCAUGACGAUAGCGGUCGGUACCGACUACUGGCUGUACUCGCGAGGGACGUGCAAAAGCAAAAGCACCAAUGACAACGAUACGAGCCGGAAGAACGAAGAGGUGAUGACUCACUCUGGUCUGUGGCGAACCUGCUGUCUGGAAGGAACAUUCCGAGGUGUGUGUAAGAAGAUCGAUCACUUCCCAGAGGCUACAGAUUAUGAGGCAGACGCAGCGGAAUACCUUCUCCGAGCGGUCCGAGCCUCCAGCAUCUUCCCCAUAAUGAGUGUGGGUCUGCUGUUCCUGGGAGGGCUGUGUGUGGCCGCCAGCGAGUUCUACAGGAGCCGUCACAACGUCAUCCUCAGCGCUGGCAUCUUCUUCGUUGCCUCAGGCCUCAGUAACAUCAUCGGCAUCAUCGUCUACAUCUCGGCUAACUCUGGUGACCCGGGUCAGAGCGACAGUAAGAAGAGUUACUCGUACGGCUGGUCCUUCUACUUCGGGGCGUUGUCCUUCAUCAUGGCGGAGAUGGUUGGCGUUCUGGCGGUCCACAUGUUUAUAGAGAAGCACCGAAAGCAGAGGGCCAAGUCUCGUACAGAACUCAUCAAGAAAUCAGCGUUCAGCCGUAUCCCGUCGUACCGUUACCGCUUCCGACGUCGCUCUAGCAUCCGGUCCUCCGAGGCGGCCAGCCGGGAUACAUCUCCCAUCGGGAAAGGGGGGGGUGGCGGUUACACCGGCCCGGCAGCCUCCGACCUCCCCAUGUAUACUCUCACCCCCCGCGAAGCCGGAUCCAAGGCCGCCAUGGGAGGAGGAGGAGGAGCGCUCAAUUCAGAGAGGGAGUUUCUACAGGGCGGUACUCUGGCCAAUACCAAGGACUACGGCAAAGACGCGGCCAAUAGGAGAACCACGCCCGUCUGAGGGAAAUGCGGGACCUAGGAGACGAUUGGACGGGAGGCGGAUAAUAAUGACGAUGAGACAGUGAGGGAGGAAAGAGGAAGAGGCAUUAUGAACUUUGACCUCUACGCAACCUCCAGGGAUAAUUAGCAAAAGGGGAUUGGAAUUAGACGUUUG